CAAAAUCUUAGACAUUCUCACACAUCAAUUCAUAGUUGAUGUUGACAAAUAAUUAUUAUAACCAAGCAUGACCGAUUUUGCUUCGUCAUUGACAACCUCUUCAUCGCAAGCAGACUCUGUUUGCAAAGAGACUGAGCCGCAUCACCACCAUCGACAUCACCACCAUUUUCCUCAACCACAAAUCAUCUAUGUAGUGGCUAAUCCACAAGAUAUUCCCGUUAAUGCAUUCCGACAGCCUUGGCCGCCGGCUCCAAUGGUGCAGGCUGCUCCCGUAAUACCUCCCCCAACAUCCCCCGUUGCAGCCCAUACCCCGUCUGCUAGCGUGGAAUCGAGCUCUCCAAAAACGCAAGCAGCUGCAUGCACUACCAUUGUGGACGAUUGUUGUGUAGAUUGCUGUCCGGUAGCUGCCCAGGAAACCCAACCGCAGUCAUGUUGUUCUCCACCAGAACGGCCUUUACCUUAUGCACUUCGACCGGCGGUUUCUCAUCAUUAUCAGGCAUUGAGACCCAUCGCACCUUAUACGAUGCCCCCAGCUCCUGCCAAUCCUACUCCUGUUGCUACGGCUAUUUCUGAUUACCAUCGUCAACAUAAUGCGUUUACUCAUCAUGCAGUAAGACUUAAUACGCCUCAAACGCAACAUGGUCAGCGUCAAUCGUUGGGUUCCAGGAGUCUGUCUGACCCCACUACACCCACCAUAGCCAGCCUUGACCAAGACGCCUUGACCACCCAGCAACAGAAGGAGAACAAUCAACCUUCGGAAGAACGUCGUUCCUCCAAUGUGGAUCGCGUUGAUACUGCGUCAUUAGCUACUUUGUCUGAGGCAGCAGUGGCAGCAGCAAAUACAUCAUCGGCUGGACAUAAGCGUAAACUUGACGAACAACAAGGCGAAGCUCGGUGUCUCUGGGCUGCAUGUGCGGCGGUGUUCAAGUGCAUUGAUGAUCUCAUUCCGCACUUGACCAAACUGCACGUUGGGUCCAAGUCCAUCAAAGCAAGCAACCAAUGUCGCUGGGAAACGUGUCAGACAGAGAGAGACGACACCGAUGAUUUGAUGACCCAUCUUUGCGAAGAACAUUUGGGUGCCCCUGAACUCAAGCAUGGCUGUCACUGGCAAGGAUGCGAAACUCGAUUCGAAUCCUUUGAUGAUCUCACUGGCCAUCUCUCCGAACGGCACAUUGGUACUGGCAAGAGUCAAUAUAUAUGCUCGUGGGAGGAAUGUGAACGACAAGGUCGCGCAUUCACCCAACGGCAAAAGGUCAUGCGUCAUAUCCAGACCCAUACAGGUGACAAACCUUAUCAAUGUAACAUUUGUAACAAACGGUUCUCUGAGGCCAACAUCAUGACUCAACAUAUGCGUAGGCAUACCGGUGAAAAGCCCUACCGAUGCCCUGAAGCUGGAUGUGCCAAGGAGUUUUCCAUCUCCGGAGCGCUUACCAUCCACAAGCGUGUUCAUUCUGGUGAAAAGCCUUUCCGCUGCAAAUUCGAAGGUUGUGACAAACGAUUUGCUGAAAGCAGUAACCUUACCAAGCAUACCCGAGUGCAUACUGGCGAGCGUCCGUUCAAAUGCUCUUUACCCAGUUGUGACCGUAGAUUUUCUCGCCCUGAUCAACUGAGUCGUCAUGAAAAGACGCACAAGUGAAAUAGAGUCACACCGAUGGACGGAUACUGUAUAACAGACACACACACUACCCAGAAUACAUUAAUUGCCUAUCUUCCCGCUUCUCCUCGGUUCCUUCGUCCUACCUCAUGUAUAUUUCCAUUCUACCUGCCAGUCAAACUAGAGGGAACCAGGCUCGUAAAUAAAUGAUGAAAACCAAUCAAAUCUAAA